UCAAGUCUCUACCCAUCAUAUUCCAUCCCUCAAACCCCGUCAUAGUUCACCAUACGCCUUCAUAGUUCCCACAUAACAAAACCCCAACCAUUACCACCACCACCACCACCACCAUGUCCUCCGCUCCUUCUCCUCCGCACGUGGUCGAGGAUUGCCUCGGCAUCCUCCAAGUCCUCAGCGACGGCUCCAUCCUCCGAUCCCCCAAUCCCGUCGUCCCCGUCCCCGUCCGCGACGACGGCACCGUUGUGUGGAAGGAUGUCCAGUUCGACGCCGCAUACGACCUCCACCUCCGCCUCUACAAACCCCGCAAUCGCCUCCCCUCCGACGGCCUGAAGCUCCCCGUCUUCUACUACUUCCACGGAGGCGGGUUCUGCUUCGGCUCCUGCACCUUGUCCGCCUACCAGAACUGCUGCCUCCGCCUCGCCGCCGAGCUCCGCGCCGUCGUCGUCGCCCCCGACUACCGCCUCGCCCCCGAGCACCGCCUCCCCGCCGCCAUCGACGACGGGGCCUCCGCCGUGGAGUGGCUCCGCCGCCAGGCCGUCUCGCCCGACCAAGAUCCUUGGCUCGCCGAGGCGGCCGACUUCGGCCGGGUGUUCAUCUCCGGCGAAUCCGCGGGUGGGAAUAUCGCCCACCACAUGGCCGUGCGGUUCGGUUCAGCGGCCGGCCGGGCGGAGCUGCAUCCGGUCCAGAUCUGCGGGUUCGUUCUGAUGAUGCCGUUCAUUGGUGGGAUCCAGCGCACGAGAUCUGAGGCGCAGUGCCCGAAGGAGCUGUUCCUCAACUUGGAGGCGAACGACAGGUACUGGAGGCUGUCGCUGCCGGCCGGCGGGACCAGGGACCACCCACUGGCGAACCCCUUCGGACCGGAGAGCCCGAGCCUGGAGGCGGUCGAGGUGGAACCGGUGCUGGUGGUGGUGGCGGAGAACGACCUGCUGAGGGAUCGGGGCGUGGACUACGCGAAGAGGUUGGAAGGUUGGGGGAAGCGGGUGAAGCUGGUGGAGUUCAAAGGGCAACAACACGCAUUUUUCUAUUUUGGCGCUUGGUCCGAGCCGGUCGAUGAGUUGAUGACGGUGAUCAAGCGGUUUAUGGACGAGGUCGGGACCGGAUUAGGCUGAACCGGGAUUGUCGGAUGAUUGCAAGCAGCGUAGCGGCCUUACUGAUACUUGGAAGCUGAAGCGGGAUAAUGUGGUCCCCGCUCAAAUUUGAUACAGCAAUAAGGUGAUGAGGCCGUAAGCUAUGUGACCUUUUUACAAGUUAUAUGAUACAUAACUAUUGCAUUCUCUGAUAACAAGGAAAUGAAUUUGUAAACUCAACCCCUAAUCUAAAAGUUAUGGGAAGGUGACCACGUAAUCUCUCUCUUAUCAUCUGGUACAGGGGCACAUGCAUUGUAUGUGUAAAACAUUAAAAAAAAAUUCUCAAUCUCCCCUAAUUAUUUUCCCUUA